AUAUAUUGAAGAUGCAUGCAAUGCUGAAGUUAACCUUGACCUUGAAUUAUAUAAUAAAAGAGAUAUUUUAUCUCUUGUAAGUGUUGCCAUUGAUACUACAAAAACAAAUGGACAACGAUUUUUUGUAUACUCGAAAUCCUGUCAAAAUGGCGCUCGAUUUUUAACUGUUGCAAAUAGAGCGCAGAGAUUAUUAUCUGUACUUAAAGAAUUUCCAAUUCCUCAAUUUAGAUAUAUUACCCCUAAUUGGUUAUAUCAUUUAACUA